AUGAAGUUCGUCGCCGUCACCGCUUCCAUCAUCGUCCUCGCCAACCCCAUUGCCGCCGGCGUGGCCCCCGCCACCGCGGCGGAAGAGUGCGGCAGUCUUGGCGUCAUGACCUACACCGACGCCUCCCUCCUCGAGGGCGUCGACCUGACCCAGAUCCGUACCUGCAGGGACCACCCCCUGGGCCCCGGUGCUCGCCCUUCCGCGCCCCCGGCCCAGGGUCCAGGCGGUUCCGCCGAGGCCAAGCGCGACGCCUUUGGCGAGAUGCUCGUCCGCCAGGAGGGCACAGACGCCUGCUGGUACGGAGACUCGACGGGGUGCACCAACGGCUACUGCUGGAAGACCUGCGGUGACAAGGGCCGCUGGUGCUGGACUGCCUGGAACAAGGGCUGGGGCAACUGGCGCACUUGCUCCAAGAGCAGCGACUGCAAGAAGAACAGCGACGCCGAGGGUGGCGAGGGUGGAUGCAAGGCUUGCGGCUGCAGCUGCUAA